AAAAGAGAGAAAAGACCCACGCAAAAGAGAACACUCCCCACAAACCAAGAAAGAGAAAGCAAAAGAAGAGUGAGAAAGAAAAGAAAGAAAAAAACAGAGCAUUUUAUUUAUUUUUCCAAUUUAUUUCGAUUUUGCUUUUUCUUUUUGCUUUGUUAAAACUUUCUCUCACGCUAUGUAAGAAUUGCAACGAACAUAAUCAUUCUCAUAUUCUUCUGCUAAGAGCUUAGAGACAAUAAUGGCUUUUCACCUUAUUUUCUCUCUCUUCUUCAUCUUCUUCCUUUCUUCUCUGCAUAUUUCUCUCUCCUACGAACCCCGAAAUCUCGAAGUGCAAGCAUUGAUUGGCAUCAAAAAUCAAUUGAACGACCCACAUGGAGUUUUGAAUAAUUGGGAUGAAUUUUCUGCUGAUCCUUGUAGUUGGGCCAUGAUCACUUGCUCCUCCUCUGACAGUACUGUUAUUGGCCUGGGAGCUCCAAGCCAAUCUCUAUCUGGCACAUUAUCCGGCGCAAUUGGAAACCUCACUAACCUCAAACAAGUAUUACUUCAGAACAACAAUAUCUCCGGCAAAAUUCCACCGGAAAUCGGCUUAUUGCCAAAGCUUCAGACCUUGGAUCUCUCCAACAAUGGAUUCUCUGGAGAUGUCCCUAGCACUUUGGGUCAGUCGAAUAGCCUCCAAUACUUGAGGGUGAAUAACAAUAGCUUGAGUGGUGCCUUUCCCGGCUUUCUAGCCAAUUUGUCUCAGCUUACUUUCUUGGAUUUGUCCUUCAACAAUCUAAGUGGACCUGUACCCAAGUUUCCUACUAGGACAUUCAAUAUUGUGGGAAACCCUUUGAUUUGUGGAAACAAAGCUACUACUACUGCUGAUGGUUGUUCGAGUUCAGUAGUCCCUGUUCCUCUGUCUUUAUCGGUUGGUUCAUCCCCUGGAAAUAGGAAGUCUAAGAAAGUAGCAAUAGCACUUGGAGUGACAUUUAGCAUUGUGUUGUUCUUCAUUUUAUUGGUUGGAAUCUUCUACUGGAGAAGACAAAAGAGGCGUCUCCGUUUCAUGAUGAAGAUCAAUGCAGAUACUCAAGAAAUGGGUUCAAUAAGAUUGGGUAAUUUAAGGACAUUCUCCUUCAAAGAACUUCACCAUGCAACAGAUAGCUUUAGCUCAAAGAAUAUUCUUGGCAGUGGAGGGUUUGGAAAUGUCUACAAGGGUAAGCUGUCUGAUGGUUCUAUGGUGGCCGUGAAACGCUUGAAGGAUAUCAGUGGAACAUCUGGUGAAUCACAGUUUCAGACUGAAUUGGAGCUCAUCAGCCUUGCUGUUCACCGGAAUUUGCUUCGUUUGAUUGGCUUUUGCGCUACUACUCAUGAACGCCUUCUUGUGUAUCCCUAUAUGUCCAAUGGAAGUGUGGCUUCAAGACUAAAAGGAAAGCCGCCAUUAGACUGGAACACGAGGAAAAGGAUAGCCAUUGGAGCAGCUAGAGGGCUUCUCUAUCUACACGAACAAUGUGACCCCAAGAUCAUUCACCGAGAUGUAAAGGCAGCAAAUGUUUUACUAGAUGAUUGCUACGAGGCUAUAGUUGGCGAUUUUGGCCUUGCAAAGCUUCUUGAUCAUGCAGACUCUCAUGUUACUACUGCUGUUCGUGGAACUGUUGGACACAUAGCUCCCGAGUACCUCUCCACCGGGCAAUCAUCUGAAAAGACGGACGUUUUUGGGUUUGGCAUCCUUUUGCUAGAGCUUAUUACUGGUAUGAGAGCACUCGAGUUUGGCAAGACUCUUAAUCAGAAAGGUGCCAUGCUUGACUGGGUGAAGAAAAUUCUGCAAGAGAAAAAAGUGGAGCUGCUAGUUGAUAGGGAGCUAGGGACCAACUAUGACAGAAUUGAAGUUGGGGAGAUGCUUCAAGUUGCCUUACUUUGCACCCAAUACUUACCGGCCCACCGGCCCAAAAUGUCGGAGGUAGUCCGUAUGCUCGAGGGAGAUGGGCUAGCGGAAAAAUGGGCCGCAGCCCACGGGCAAGAGAAUCUCAACAUGGGAGGAUUCUCUCACCCUAACAACAAAAGUUUGUCACGGGCCGGUAGCAUGGCAAUGGAUCCUAAUCACCCUCCACCCACAACCAUGUUUGGGGCUAGUUUCGACGAUGAUGACGACGAGCAUUCAUUGGAUUCCUUUGCCAUGGAACUCUCUGGUCCAAGAUAGUUUAAACAAAAUCAGCAAACCUACAAAGAAAAGAAAAGAGAAGCAUAUUUUUGUCCUUAUUAUUAAUUUGGAAAAAAGAGGUGUAAAAAGUUUUAUAGGGUUGUUUAUUUUUGUUAUUUAUUUUUGUUAUUUAUUUUAAUUAUCUGUAUUAAAUAUAUUAAUUUCCUGUUUGAGGUAACUUGUGAAUGUAAAUAUAAUUAUAUAAAUAGGGAAAGUAUAAUGUAUAAGAUGCUUAUUUAGAGAGAGAAAGAGUGAUGUAACAUUGUGGUCAAAAGACUGAAAACUGUAGUAGUACUGAGAUUUAGCCGUCUGCAGUCUGCGGACUGCGUGAGCAAUAAGGUCAGUGGGCGACUCAUGUUGAUGUUGGUAGGUUGGGUUGGUUGUCAUGUAAUCUGUUAGCAGUACAAUACAUUGAGUACUAUUUGAGCAAA